AAAGAAAAUACAAUUAUACAACAUUAUUCAUUGCUGCAUUGUUCUUUCCAUUAAUUCUGCAGGAAAAAAUUCCUCAAGAUCAAUCUCUCAAUUAUGCAGUGAAAAAUUUAAUUAAUUCAAAGUUUCUGACUUUUCAGGAAGGAAAAUAAAAAACUUCCUUUUCUCCUCUGUGUAAAUGUGGAAAUCUCUGGCUGAGUUAAUGGUUCAUAUGCUUCGCCACAUAUCCAUCCGCCAUUAAAAUAUUGACAUUGGGGGUCAUGCAUUUUCGAUAUCUCUCAAACCCUCCUCUGCGCCUCUUGAUUAAAGGUUCAAUCGUGAUAGUUCAAAUUCUGAAUAAAAUUACUCCGGUCUUCUCUGAGUUAUAUACUGCAAGGAAUGGACACUUCUUGUUGAGAUAAGACUGCAAAUUUCGAUUUCAGUCAUCAUUUUGUGAACUUUUUGGUUUAAUGAAUAAAUUUUCUGUUGAAAUGGACAAUGGGGAGCUCGAUCAAUUAUUAUCAUGUUUGGAUAUGGUAAAUGCUCAAGCCAGUUGCUCAUUUGACAUAGACGAGUUUCUCAGUCGGACAGAGGCCUGCAACGAUUCUCUUGGUCGGACAGAGGCCUGCACUGAUUCUCUUGGCCGUACACAGGCCUGCACCCAUGCCCAUGCUUGCAAAACAGUUGGUCCUGAUAACUCCCAUACGCACACUUGUUACCAUAUCCACACGCAAGUUGUGCCUGCCCCUAGUGAAGUUCCAUCCCCAAGUGAUGAUACUGCAGAGUCAGUAGAGAAUAAAUCUAAGAAACGCCCUGUAGGUAAUCGUGAAGCUGUACGCAAGUAUCGUGAGAAGAAGAAGGCUCGUGCUGCAUCGUUGGAGGAUGAAGUUGUUAGACUGAGAGCUUUGAAUCAGCAGCUAAUGAAGAGGCUUCAAGGUCAAGCUCUAUUGGAGGCUGAGAUUGCUAGGCUCAAGUGCCUGCUCGUGGACUUUAGAGGAAGAAUUGAAGGCGAAAUCGGAGCUUUCCCCUACCAGAAGCCCCACAAGAGUGGUGAUGUCUAUCAAUACCUUGUAAAUGCUAGUCCUGGUACCUAUGUGAUGAAUCCAUGUAACACGCAGCAAAGCGAUCAGCUUCAUUGCCUUCAUCCUGGAUCAGAACGUGUUGCAUUAAAUGGUCAAAGCAUCAGUGACUGUGGAUUUGACACACUGCAAUGUUUGGGGAAUCAAAAUUCUGGUCUUAAAGCUCCUCCUGGUUGUGAUAUUGGUAGUGGUUCUACUGGCAAUACAUCCAAAGGGAAUAGGAGAAAAGGAGGGGCACGUGCGGCAACAGCUAGUUGAAGAACUGUUCUGAUGGAGGCAUCAUAAUUUUGAGGAUAAGCUUAACCAAUUUUUCUUGCUUCUUCCAUUUUUAAGAUUAGAACUAGCAUCUCUUUUUCGUGAAGGUAAAAAUUGCUAUGUAGUUGGGGUUCUAGUGAUUGCAAGAAUAUCGGGGUUUUAUUUUCCUUUUUGCUUAUGAUGGAAUGUAAAGCAAGGGACUCUAAUGGAGCAUAGCUAGCAGUACUUAAUGAAGACUGAAGAGGAUACUGAGAUUUCUUCAGCACCGUACUAUUCCUACAAUAAAACGAAAUAUUUGUUUUCAUAAUUUUUGUAUUUUGAUUGUUCUCUGUUUUGAGGUUUU